CCCCUGCGCUAUUAAAUGCGCUUGAAGGUAAACUUCUUGUUGCAAAGUGACUCCCACGUGAUUGUCAGUCAACGCCAGUGUGCCCCGCCCUUCGGCUUGUCAGACAACGCCAGUGAGCCCCGCCUUUCGGAUUGUCAGUCAACGCCAGUGUGCCCCGCCCUUCCGAAAGUCACCGGCGACGGCGGCGAGUCUUUCAGUUUCAUUUCUCAGGUUCCGUUACGGACGCGGGAGUUUGGAUGUGCGUUCAUGAUGGCAGCACCUCAGCUUUCCGUCUCCACUGAUCGAUACUCCUGUUCGGUGUGCCUGGAGGUCCUGAAGGAGCCCGUCACCAUCCCGUGUGGACACAGCUACUGUAUGCUUUGUAUUAAUAACUACUGGGACCAGUCGAAGGGAGAGGGCACCUAUAACUGUCCUCAGUGCAGGAGAACAUUUAACGUGAGACCAGAGAUUAACAGAAACACCGUAUUAACAGAAAUAAUCGAGACACUGAAGGAAGAGCGAGUUGAUGCGAGUCCAUCUCAGAGUUACGCCGGACCGGACGAUGUCCCCUGUGAUGUUUGUCCAGUUAGAAAACGGAGCGCCGUGAAGACCUGCAUGAUCUCCUACUGUGAGACUCACCUGCAGCCACACAAGGAGCAUGGCGCCUACAAACGACACAAACUCGAGGAGCCGACCGGAAACAUCGAAGAGAAACUCUGCGCAAAACACCAGAAAGUUCUGGAAAUCUUCUGUAGGACCGACGGGACCUGCGUCUGCUUACUGUGUGUGGUCACCGAUCACAAAAGUCACGACACGGUGACACCUGAAGAGGAAAGAGCAGAGAAACAGAGUCUGUUGAAAAAGAGAGAGGAUGAAAUGAAAAGGAAAGUUAAAAUGAAAGAGAAGACACUGAAGAAGAUGAAGAAGACCAGAAUGAGGAUUCAGAGCUCUGCAGAGUCAGAAGUGGAGGGACACGAGAAGACCUUCAAUUCUGUGCUUGAGUCCAUUGAGAGACUGAAGUCGGAUGUCGUUGAGAUGAUUAGAGAAUACGAGACGAUGGAACUGAGAAAGACAGACAAGAUCAUCGAGGAAGUGGGGACCGAAAUCAAGGAGAUGAAGAAAAGAACCAUAGAGCUGGUCGAGCUUUUACAGACGGGCGACCACAUCCACUUUCUGAAGAAGUUCCCAUCUUUCUGUGAUCCUCCUGCAAAGGGAGACGUGCCUAGUCUAACUCUUCAUGAGGAUUUUCUUCCUGAGACUCUCCAGAGGAACCUUUCUGAUCUGAAGAGGAGUCUGGAGGAGAUCACUGAAUGGAAGGUUGUGAAGAGCACUGGGACCGGAGCUGAUGAUUCAGGGCCCGUCCUGCAGAAUCUGAGGUGUCGAAGUCACCUUUUAAAAUACUUCCGUCCACUGACGCUGGACCCCAGCACGGCACACAGACGCCUCUGCCUGUCUGAAGGGAACAGGAAGGUGAUAUGUCAAGAGACUGAAGGUCCGUGUCCUGAUCACCCCAACAGAUUUGACUACUGGGAGCAAGUCUUGUGCAGAGAGGCGCUGAGUGGGACUUGCUACUACUGGGAGGUUGAGUGCAGUGGCGAUGAGAUUGACUUUGGAGUUGCAUACAAAGGAAUCGGCAGAAAAGGAAAUGAUGAAGAUAGUCACCUAGGAUUCAACGACAAGUCCUGGAGCCUUUACUACUCUGAUUCCGGUUAUACUUUCUGGCAUGAUGGCAUGGAAAUUGACAUCAGCGCCCCCUACAGUCAACUAAUUGGUGUGUAUCUUGAUUGUCCUGCUGGCUGUUUAUCAUUUUUCAGCAUUUCAGACACAGUGAGCCUCCUGUAUAAGCUGAAGACCAACUUCACUGAGCCACUGUAUCCGGCGUUUGGGUUAGGAUGGCACUCCAGUGUGACAAUCUGCCCCCUGAAGCAACUUGACAAGUGACUGGCGUCAUGUAUAGGCCACUUUGUCUCCUGUUACAUAGUUCAUCUUGUUAUUUUGGAUUGAAGAGAAAAACUACGUGAAGUGGGCUGAAGGCCAUUCAUCAUUUCUUUCUAGAAUUUUUACACGCGUAUACACACAUGCACACAUCUGCUGGCUGACCUGCCAUUCCUUCUCCCACAGUCACCCUGGACAGCAGAAGACCGUAGAGUCUCCAUCCAUCACUGUGAUCACCAUCAAGAAAACAAUGAGGAGAGAUGACUGUGAGCUGAUGUUCAUAUCGUUAUUAAACUCCUUCACCACACUUCAUAUUCAGUACUCUCAAUGGCCACAGAGCGGCGCUGUCUUAAUGGUUUAAAUAUAAAACUUGGCCUCAGCUAAAACAGCAAGGUCAGCCAAAAGUGACCAAGUGAAACAUUUAUAAAAAUAAAGGAUUAGAUGAACAAGUCUGAAGUGAAGUGAAGUUCAGUGAACGACCGAUGGAGUCUUCGAGAAGUUGAUCAGACAACAUGGAGGAGACAAGAGCAUCAAUCAAAUUGUAUAUCGUCUUAUAGUGCCUUUCAGUGCAAUCUGAUGAAGCAAAGGAAAAAUACGAAGAACUGAAGAAAGAAAAGAAAGAAAAGAAAAUGAGGAGUCACAACACAAAGAGGACAAAGUCCACUACGGAGAUCUCUGCAGUCAAAUUGAAACUGACACAGCGACAGACAGGGGGUGCCACACACUGUGAUUUGAGAGGAGCCGACAAACCAGAUGAGCUCAGAAGGGUGAGGAGAUUAUAGAGCUGUGGAGGGGAUGGUGGAAAUUUAAAGGAACUUCAUUUAGGAACAAGAGCAGCAUUAGAAGAAGAAUGGCUGAAGCAUCAGACUGGUGGACUUCACAAAGGUCUUAGUAUAGAAAUGUGAGUUUGAAGAACAAUGUCCAGGAUUUUGAAACACCAAAAAGAGCGUUAUAAUGUGUUUAAUAAAGGCUCACUUGUUCUAAG